AUGCUUAACGUCUCCGCCCCCUCUUCCUGGAACGCCGCUGCCUCCGCCCGCCGCCGGGCGCUCGGAGGCGCCGAGGCGGACCUCCCUGGGAGGGAGUGCUCCCAGUUCGCCAACGGCCAGAGGUCCCAGGCCCCAGGCAGCCCGCCGGCCUCUGACGUUCCUGAAGGCGUGGCGGGCAGAGGUAAGUGCGCGUUCAGCCCGUUUCCCCCUGUGCAGGAGCGUCUGAGGAACGGCAGGAUCCCCCGGGAGAAGCUCCGGGGCCCGCCCCCCCACCAGGCAGGGGAAGAGGCCGGGCCCUCUGGGAAGCGGCAGAAGAACGGGGGCCGCUGUUUCCCCGACCAGAGGCUGACCGCUGAGCCCGAGCUGGAGGAGAAGCUGUUGGAUAGCAGAGAUGAACCGUCCCAGGGCUCCCUCAGCGGCCCCCAGCGAGACCCACCAGAGCCCCCCGGGCCCCACCCCUUCCCCAAACCUGAGCUGGCCAUGACACAGAGCCUCACUCUCAUCAGCUCAGAGAACUGGCAGGAGAAGAUGGAAGGGCUCACGGUGCUGCGCAGUCUGGCCCAGAACCACGUGGACACGCUGCUCCCCAGGCUCCGCGACGUCUGCCUCGCCCUCGUGCAAGAGGUGAAGAACCUGCGUUCGGGCGUGUCCCGCGUAGCCGUGUGCACGCUGGGCGUCCUGUACUGCCACCUGCAGCGGGCUAUGGACAAGGAGGUGGACACCACGGCCAGGGCGCUGCUGCACAAGGCGGCCGAGAGCAACGCCUUCAUCCGGGGGGAAGUGGACGCAGCGCUGGGCCACAUGGUGCGGCACUGCACGCCGGCACGCUGCAUCAACGCCUUCCUGGACGGGGGUUUGAGCCACCUGAGCGCGGCGGUGAGGAAGUGCGCCGCCCAGCACCUGGCCGACCUGCUGGAGAGGGUGGGCGUGGCCCGCCUGCUGUCCGGAGGGAAGGCCGUGACGGACAGAAUCCUCCCGGCCGUGGUCAAGCUGGCCCUGGACUCCUCCCCGGAACCCAGGUCCUUUGGCCGCCGGAUGUUGCUGUUCCUGUCCUCCCACCGGGACUUUGAUAGCCUGCUGGAGAAGAACAUCCCCACCAAGGACCUUUCCGCCGCCCGCAAGGCGGUCAGUGGACUCAAGGCAAAGGUACGGAAGGCCCCGCCCUCUCGCCCCACCCUACCGCUUGGUGACGGGUCUGGUGAACGUUGUUGUUGUUGUUGUUGUGUCAGGGUCAGGGUCAGGGUCUGGGUGAGACGCCCCAGACCCCAGCCUCGCUUCCCGGCAGUGGCACCGCCAGGGCCUCGACGCUCCAAAGGAAGCUCCCCAAACCGACCAUACCACCUUGGAAAUAUGUUGGUGAAAAUCAUAUAUAUAUAUAUAUGUAGUAAGUAUGUAUGCAGUUUCAUGACAUUAUAUUUUGUGGUACCCUCCAGGGAGCCCAACUGCAAGUACAGCUCCAAACCUCUGGGGCCCAUCAUGGAAGACAAGGCUGAGUACAUCAGGCAGCUCACCGUUCUGCUGGAGUCCAAGGACUUCAGGGAGCGCAUCAAAGGCCUCGACCAGCUGGUGGCCGACUGCCAGCACAACCCCAGCAUGGUCAUCCGCAGCCUGUUCCCGGUGUUUGACCUCUUCAGAGACCGCCUGCUGGAGUCCAACCGUAAGGUGAACCUGUACGCCCUGGAGGCCCUGCAGGGGAUGGUGCGCCUGCUGAAGGACAACCUGUCCGGGGUGCUCAACCACCUGGUGCCCGCCAUCGUGGACAACCACCUCAACUCCAAGAACCGCGCUGUGUACUCGGCCGCCACAGGGGCCCUCUGCGAGCUGGUGCUGAACCUCGACAACAGCCUCCUCCUUGAGCCGUUCUGCUUCAAGGCACGGGUUCUUAGCGGCCAAGCAAAGGUGGACCUGAUCGAGAAGGUUGCAGAGCUGGUGAUGGAGCUGUACCCCCGCCGGCCCCAGCUGGUGGAGCAGAAGGCGCUGCCCCUCCUGUGGGGCCUGCUGGGCCCUUCCAGCGGCAGCGUGCACCGGGCGACAACCAGCCUGUGCCGAGCCCUCCACCAUCAGAUGGGGCCCGGCCUGCGGCUGAGCGCCGCCUCCCAGCCCCCGAGCGUCGGCAGGGACCUCAACCAGCUGCUGAGAACCAUGUCCUGAAUAAAAAAUGACCUAAGGACGGGAACGAGAAGACUCACUGCUCUCUUUGCACUUUUACAGGUAGCUUGUGUUGCACUUUAACAGGUACAAUUUACAAUUACAAUUAGGGCAUUUAGCAGACGCUUUUAUCCAAAGCGACUUACAUCGGUUAAUACACACAUUGACACACCGACGGCAGAGUCAACCAUGCAAGGUGACUGGCAGCUCGUCGGGAGCAGUUAGGCAGGGCUCCAGACUGCGACCAAUUGGUCACGUUUUGCGACCAGAAUUUGAGAUUGCGCGACUGAAUUUUUGCUGGUCGUGCAUGCGCGUCAGCAAAAAUUCAGUCGCGCAUUUGCCCCUUUUUUUCUUCUUUAUUUUUACACGUUAAACGUGGAAGGGGCGCGUCAAUGAAUCCGGAAUCUGUAGCAGGCAAAAGAGUGUGAGAAAGAUAGGGAAUGGCCACUAAGUGGCUAAUGUGUGGAGGGGGAGGGUCAUAGAGAUUAUCGAGCGCGGGAAACCGCCGCGGGUCUGUGAGAAGGAGAACGAUCUCAACCUUCCAUUCGAACAAUGAGCAAGCGAACAAUUUGAUCGUUCUUCCUACCUGCGGCACUUGCGGCUAGUAGUGUGCCAGUGCCACGGUCUACAGAGUCGGAGGAUGAUGGCUGCGAGAAUUCAGCUGUUUAAGGUACUGUAAUUUCGGCUGUGCAUGUAUUUUUGGAAUUUAAUUGCUGCAAUAAAUUAUGUUGUUGACUU